CUCCAUGCAGAGCUCCAUGUGUCCGCUGCGGGUCGCCCUGCUGCUGCUGGCCGUCCUGGUGCUCACUAAGCACCGCCCUGCUCCCUCCCUCCCUCCGUCUGCCUGCUGACUCUCCGGAGCUCACAGAAGAAGACGCCCUUAGCAACAACACACUCACACAGCUGCUGCGUCGAAUAAGAGACUCCUAACCAGCACAAGAAGACGGAUUAAACCCUGCUGCUGCUGCUGCUUUACUCGCUGCACUGCGUACUAACUUUCCCUGCUGCUGCUCGGCGCUCUGCUCUGCUUGUUUCCAUGGAGAUGGAGAUUGAGCUCAGCUAGCCUAGCCUAGCUUCGUGCUGCUAGCCAUCAUCAUAUCACCCACCCUGAAGAAGAAGAGGAGUCCCAGAAGGAGCACACACAGACAUCGUGUUGUGGGGGGUUCACAAAGUCAGCUAGUCGGGAUAAUAAGCACGGGAAUGGUGCUCUGGAUCGAGUCACAGAGAAAGGAGACGAGGGGUACCCGGGUCAGAAGCUGUAAUAUCUGGACUCAAACUCUUUUUAACAAGAACAAGAGGGAGCGGCUCCUCCGGCUAUCUUAGCUUAGCUUAGCUGAAGAGAAACGACCCCCAACAGCAACACCAACCAGCCUGCUCAGGUUCUCCUAUCUGCAGCAAUGUCAGCCUAACUCUGUGGUUUAAUAAGGAUAAACAACCAGCUAAAGCCAACAACAACAACAACAAGGAGACUCUAGUUAAAGCACAACUCUCAAAGGGACUUUAUUAGCAACACACUACAGAUGUUAGUGAAGUUUGCUACGUGACUUUUUUAGUUUUUUUUACAAGGGAUUUUUCUUUUUUCUUCACUUCGGAUGCUGGCAUCACAUAUUAAAUGCAAUCAUGAUGAUAAUAAGCAGAAAACCAGAGGGCCCAAUAGCAACAGCACGCCACGGCGAUGGUCUGUAUGACUCGUACAUGAGGACGGACCACAUCCUCAAAGACGAAGCGGAUACAAACAGUCCGUCUGGACUGCCCCCUAUGCCCAAACACACAGUCGUCAGUAACAAGACUGUUAUGAGGGAUCAGGUAACUGUGCGAGGUGGCCAGCUGAAGGUCAAGUACCUGUAUGAAGACUCCACCAAUAACCGGAAGAUCAACGCCAUAACAACAGCAACCACUCAGAACAGCGGGACCACAGGUCAGACGCCUAGUAAAGCCACCCCGGUCUCCAGUCUAUCCAAGGAGCACAGCGUAGACAGCACUGAAUCCAGUAAGGGCUCCAGUGACUCCUCCGGUCCUCAUGGCGUUGCGAAUGGAGGGAACAGCGGGAAGCUGUGCGGCCCGCUCACUCCCGACCAGGCUCUGAGACUGUACCGAUCUCAGCUGACCACCCUGGAGCAGACGGAGAUCCACUCCUACCCAGACAUCUACUUCGUGGGACCCAAUGCCAAAAAGAGGCCGGCCGUCGCUGGAGGCAACAACAACUGUGGCUACGAUGAUGAGCAGGGUGGAUACAUUCACGUUGCCCAUGACCACCUGGCUUACCGCUACGAGUUCCUCAAGAUCAUCGGUAAAGGUAGCUUUGGUCAGGUGGCUAAGGUGUACGACCACAAACUGCAGCAGCACCUGGCUCUGAAAAUGGUGCGCAACGAGAAGCGUUUCCACCGGCAGGCGCAGGAGGAGAUCCGCAUCCUGGAGCACCUGCGCAAGCAGGAUCGCAACGGCACGAUGAACGUCGUGCACAUGCUCGAAAACUUCACCUUCCGCAACCACAUCUGCAUGACCUUUGAGCUGCUGAGCAUGAACUUGUACGAGCUCAUCAAGCGCAACAAGUUCCAGGGCUUCAGCCUGCCGCUGGUCAGGAAGUUUGCACACUCCAUUUUGCAGUGCAUGGAGGCCCUGAGUCGGCACCGCAUCAUCCACUGUGACCUGAAGCCAGAGAACAUCCUGCUCAAACAGCAGGGACGCAGCGGCAUCAAGGUGAUUGACUUUGGCUCCAGCUGUUUUGAGCACCAGCGGGUGUACACCUACAUCCAGUCUCGUUUCUAUCGAGCUCCAGAGGUGAUCCUCGGUUCGCGUUAUGGCCUUCCAAUCGACAUGUGGAGCUUCGGCUGCAUACUGGCCGAGCUGCUGACCGGCUACCCGCUGUUCCCCGGCGAGGACGAGGGCGACCAGCUGGCCUGCGUCAUGGAGCUGCUGGGCAUGCCUCCGCAGAAGGUCCUGGAGCAGGCCAAACGGGCAAAGAACUUCAUCAACUCCAAGGGUCACCCUCGCUACUGCGGAGCCAACACCCUGCCCACGGGGGCCACCGUGCUCACGGGCACUCGCUCUCGCCGCGGCAAGAUGAGAGGUCCCCCCGGCAGCAAGGAGUGGAGUGCCGCUCUCAAGGGCUGCGAGGACCCCACCUUUACUGACUUCAUAAAGAAGUGUUUGGACUGGGACCCCUCGUCCCGUCUCACCCCUAGCCAGGCCCUCAGGCACCCUUGGCUGUAUCGGCGCCUACCCAAGCCCCUACCUGGGACCGACAAGAGCCACGGUGCCACGGUGAAAAGGCUCCCCGAUCAUCACAGCACCUCCUUCCCCUCUAUCCUGGCCAAAGGGGGGCCUAGUUUAGGCGCCACAGCUGUCAACAACAAACUGAGGAGCAACAUGAUGGGAGACUCAGGGGAGGCCAUACCUCUUCGCACGGUCCUACCCAAACUUGUCUCAUAGAGAGAGAGAGUCCUGUGAUCUCCUCUCUUCUUCCACUUCUUCCUCCUCUGCACUCCUCAGGAGGAGUCAGAGAACAGGAGGAAGCGGGGACUAGGUUUUAAAACUCGUUUGGUUGUUCUUUUAUUUGUUUUCUACUGAGAGGUGUCGACACCCCCAGUUCCUGGUUUUUAAUAUUAGCUGAACACGGAGAGAGAAAGACAAUUAAAGAAACACUCUAAAAAAAAAAAAAAAGUUUUUAUACAGAGGAUUUCCUUGAGCGGCUGUGGAGUUUCUGUAUUCAGCCAAUUGAUGAGGUUUGAUUUUAGAUAAUGCUUUUUAAAAAAAACUUCCUCGUAUGAGUGGGACGGCUUCGUAAAUGAGCAAAUGUUUUUAAACCUGCGUGUGUUCUCACGUGAGUGGUGUGUGUUUUUUUUUAGUAAAACACACUCAAGCACACCUGCACUGUCACUUGCCUCACUUCACUCUUUCUUAACACUCAGAGGACGCCACCCCUUUCUUGGGAAGUGUUUGUAUGAGUGAAACUUGAAAAGGGCUACAGAGAUUACUCUUAUCACAUUAGCAAACGAUUUGUUCUGCCAACAUGAUUUAAUAGAGGAAAAUAAGAGUCAUGAGCUAGUGUUUUGGCCCUGCACACACACACACACACACACACACACACUGACACAGAUCUCCCUCAUAAACAUAAAUGCCUUCACACAGGUAAUAAUGAGGGAUCGGCAUUAUGUAACAUUUUUUAGCAAUAAGUCUUCACUUCUUUGUCUUUUCUAAUUGCGCUCUUUUUUCUACCUUUCCUGAUCCCUGGUGCUUGCAUGUCAGCUCAAUAUGUGACGUUAGUAUGUGUGUGUGCUUUAGCUUCAUGGUGCUACUGCGGGAGUGGUAUCGAGAGGGCGUCGGACAACCUAUUUACAGCCCCCUCCACCUCCUCACCUCUCCCGUUUUGAGUAGGGGGGUGGGGAGGACAGUAGCUUCGCUCAAACUGUCACAAAGGUGUCACCGUCACAGUCGGUACUUCACAAACUGAGCCUGCCGUGUGAGGCCGGCUCACAUAAAUCGAUAUAUAUAGAGAAGGAGAGCUGCAAGUCAUUGCACAUACAUACCUGCGGGGUGGAAAGUUGGCUGUGGGAAAGUUAAAAAAGUUUAUAUGAAUGUCACCUGCCCAUGCCCUCCUAAUUGGCUGCUGUGAUUUGUUGGCAAGUGGUGCAUUCAUUAAUCCUAAUGGAACAAUAGUGCGAGAUGAGAUGGAUCAUGGGAUAAAAUGGUAUGUUUUUAAUAUGAGCCAAGAUGUUUUUUUUUUUAUUUCAGGGGGGAGAUGUUUGAAAAGUUGACAGGACGGGCCAGUGACAAAGGAGGGUUUUUAUGGUACUGAAGAAAGGUUUCUCAGGGAGACAUACUUGAUACAUCCCUUAAUCUUAUAUUAACUGUGUUCCACUUAACAGUCCCGACUCUGGAUGAACAUGCAUGCAGUUCUGUCCAACGAGAGCGAGAGAAUGCGUAUACGAGUGUGUUUGCGAAAAGGGGGUCUGCAUGCUCCACAAUCUGACCUAGAUUCCCUUCUCCUCCUCCCCCCCUUCCACCAUCGCUUUCUCUCUCUCGUUUUCUCUCACUCUGUAGGGCAGCAGGGAACCUCUUAAACUCACACAUACAUAGUGAAUUAUGGUGCUGUCCAAAACACACACAGACACACACGUCAGGUGCACGUUGUAUGGACCACACCGCUCAAAGAGUUCUUUCUCUCGUCCCUCGAAGUGAAUCUGUCAGGGAUUUCUACUCUGUCUCCGUUUUUGUUUUCUUUUUUUUUUUAUAUAGAAGUGAUUUCUAUUUGCUAUUCAGUCCAGAAUAUCAGAGGAUGUAAAAACGCAAAAGCGGAAAAAGAGAAAGCAGUAUACUGUCAUGUUGUACCUAGUGGUGUGUGCGUUAGUAGGAGGGUGUUUGGUGUUCCAGCAUGAAAUCACAACCUGUUAUCAGACUGAGUGACUAUGAGAAGAGAAACUGUACAGUAACCAAAUGAAGUUGUGAUAGUUUCUUUUUCUAAAGAAAAUAAAAAUGAUUAUUAACUGAAA